AUGAGCUCUCCGGCAAAACCACCCACUAGGACGUUUUAUGAUCAUUCGAAUGAUCCCUGGUUCAAGAACCAAUCCAUCGAAUCCUCUGGUGUCACCGUAAAACCAGUACCUGAUUACUUGAAGCAGAGGCAAGGUAAGCUUGGAGAUAAUAAGCCAUCAUCUAAAGAUGAGAGGACUGAAAGGAAGUUGGAGAUAUCUUUAGAUCCACUUGAUCCAGCAAAUUCGUCAGAAGCACAUGCGAGGUCCAAAGGCUUUUGGUUCUCUUCCUGUUCCUGUCGUGUAUUUGCCUAA